AGGUCACUCCUAAGGCAGGAGACCCCGGCGAAGGGCUCCUAGCUCUGCUACUAACUGCCGCCACUGACACCUUACUUCCUGGUUUGCAACUCAGGACCAGACCCAUCUCGGCGGAGGGAUUCGAUUUUCUCUCCUAGCCUCCUCCCCUUUUUGCUUCUGCUUUCUCUCCCCCCCCUUCUUUUGCACGAAAAUAAUUUGACAGCGUUUUGCUGACACGGGGAUUUUGCACCAGAGAUUAAGAGAGAGGGGGGGUCAGAGCCCCCACCCUAAAGUGGCAUGCAAGGAAUUUAAUGCACAAGGUGUCCAGAGUACGCUGAGUAUAUUGUCUUCUUAGAAUGAAUCUGAUGCUUUUCCGGCCCGUUUAAUGAAGGAAUGAAACGUUCUCUGCCUGAAAGGGGAACAGCCAUUCAGAAAGAAUUUAGUUCCGUAGUGCAAAUGGAAGAGCCAAAAAAAUAAAUAACUUCACAGACGAUUUCUCAGGGAUUACAGAUCUUGGUGUGCGGUUUCUUUAAAAAAAAUUAAAAAAUUAAAAAUUAAAUGGUUUUUGUUGAGAGAAAAUGGGAGAUCAGCAAUUGUACAAAACAAGCCAUGUUGUCAACAACAACGAAAGCUUGUAUUACCACCAGCAGCAGCAGCAGCAACAACAGCAACAACACCUAAAUUCCCUUGCACCGUUAAACCACAGCUAUGGAACAUCAGCCAUGGAUGCAACUCAGGAAUCUCCGCUCUCCCCAUCGUUCCCUCAAGACACUAGGGAAAACAUAGCUUUGAAUGCUGGGUCCAAAACCCUUGGGUUGAUGGAUUCUCCUAGGCAAUCCAGUUGGGCCCAUUUGGGUUCUGGGAACCACGCCCCAGUGAGGAACAACCAAAACGUCAUGUGGGGCUCAGGGGGGCAAGGCGAAGUAACCGACGGAUACGAGCAUCUGUGUUCCCAAGCCAACGAGGUCAGGCCGCAGAAAAUGACGAGUGGCGUUUUGCAUAAGCUGGACUCCUUCGCCCAAGUGUUUGCAAACCAGAACUUAAGGAUCCAAGUCAACAACGUAUCUCAGGUCAUCCAGCCUUCGGCGAUGGGCAGCACUGGCGACAGCGCCCUUCGGCAACUGCUGUCUCAGAAGCCUGCGGCGGAGCAGCAGCCCGCCGUGCAGAGAUACCAACAGGUGCCGCAGCAAGUCCACCAGGGUUUUGUUGGCGCGCCACAGAAGCAGCACAUGCACAUGAUGGCGCACCAACAACCCCUCUAUUAUGACGAACAGCAGCAUUUAGCCCAUCUGCAGAUGCACCCUGCGAUGCAUCAGGGUCAGGCCCACUUCCAGCAAAUGCACUCUCAGCACCUGCUGCCGCAGCAGCUACAACAGGAUCAAUACUAUCUGCAGCAGCAGCAGCAGCAACAGCAGUCCCACCAAGGACAACAUAGGCUUUUAAUACACGAGUUGCAGCAGCAGCAACAGCAGCAGCAACAGCAGCAGCAGAGGCAAUGCCCGGUGCAAACAGCUCAGUAUUAUUCAAUACAGCCUAUGAUGCAACAGUUGCAGCAGCAGAUGCAAAUGCAACUUCCUGCCUUUCACAGAGAUCCUGACCAGAAGCCUCUGCACGAGACUCAUCAGUACUCUCAGGAUCGGGGUCAUUCUGUGCAACUCAUUCAGCUGGGAGCAGUGCCUCAGUACUUCUAUCAAGAUCAGCAGCAACCCUUCCGGCAUUUGUAUUCACAGAGCUUAUUGCAGCAGCAGCAGCAGCAGCAGCAGCCACCAGGAGAUGCCAGUCAGCCAAACCAUUUCCAGACCAACAACAAGACUCAGGCACUGAUGGAUUCACACCUUGGAUUCCCCUUGGCAGAAGGGACGGAGGGUCCAGCUCAGCAGGACAUGAAUUCUGUCGCUGGUGGCGUCCCUCAGCAACCUCUGAUACCCCCAGAAAGGAUGCACGUGGAUAGCAAAGGGCCACAGCCAUUGUCCCCUGGUCCAAUGUGGCCUCAGCAGGUCCAUCUGCCUGAUGGAAGACUCCAGUCAGUUUCCCCCGAGCAAAGCAGCAUUCACGAUAAAGAAACUCAUAGUGAGAGAUCUGAAACAAAGAGCAAACUCACGUGCACUGUAUGCUUGAAGGAAUUUAAGAGUUUGCCAGCCCUAAAUGGCCACAUGAGGUCUCAUGGAGGGAUACGGGCAUCUCCUGUCUUCAGACAGGACGAAGGGGAGAGCCUGCCGCAGCCCCAGAGCCAACACCAGCGGGAGCAGCUGCCCUCCGAGGCGGAGAGCUUCGUCCCCAUCGUCAUGCCUGUGUCGGUGCCCGUUAAGCUGCUGUCGCCCGAUCCCGGCAAGCAGGCCGCUGACAGCAGCACCGUGCUUAAAGAUAAGCCUGUCUCAGAUGAUGAGAUGCCCGUUCUUGUGAGGAUGACUUGCUCUCCGCCGUGCUCCCCUAACGUGGCCAGCCCUUGCCCGUCCUCUCAUAUAUUAAAAUAUAGAAAAACAUCAAACCAGCUCUCUGAUUUAGACCUCCAGAAAAAACAGCACCAAAGCACUGCCAACUCCGAAGAAAGCUUCAAACCGUUUCAAGACAAGAAAAAAUACCGCCACAGACCUGAGCCUCUGUUCAUACCGCCACCUUCUUACAACCUCACCGCAUCCCACCUGGGCUCGACGCUGUACCAAAGCCAGCUCCGCUCUCCCCGCAUCCUAGGAGACCACCUUCUUGACAGCAUUCACGACCCCCCUCCUUACACCCCACCUCCGAUGCUCAGCCCGGUACGUCAUGGAUCUGGCCUCUUCAGCAGCGUUAUCACAUCCGCUCACGGCGCGUCUCACCCCCAGCUGCCGCUCACACCUUUGACACCCACUCCCCGGAUACUUCUCUGUCGAUCUAAUAGCGUUGAUGGAGCCAGUGUCCCGAUCACCCCAGGACCUGGAGAACAGACCAUUGACGUAGAACCGCAUAUCAAUAUUGGAUCGAGAUUCCAAGCCGAUAUUCCUGAACUUGAAGACAGAGCAUUGGUCGGGGAAGAGGAUCACAAGGCAACUUUGGUUUGGAAACCAGGGCCAGAACUGGAAGAUAAAGAUAUCCAGCAAAGAGUGACCAGCCUUUUAAAUCUGUGUUGUUCAAGUGUAUUGACUGGUGGGGGAACCAACCUUGAAUAUGGCUUGCAUUCUCUCUUUGAGGCUAAAGGAGACGUUAUGGUUGCUCUGGAGAUGCUGCUUUUGUUGAAGCCGGCAAGAGCAAAAUCGCAUCCUCUGGCAAGUUAUCACUAUGCUGGUUCAGACCAGUGGACACCCGUUGAAAGAAAGCUGUUCAGCAAAGCAUUACACACAUACAGCAAAGAUUUUAUUUUGGUACAGAAAAUGGUGAAGUCGAAGACGGUGGCCCAGUGUGUGGAAUACUAUUACACCUGGAAGAAAAUCAUGCAUUUAGGACGAAAGCACAGAACACGCUUGGCAGAAGUGAAAAAUGAAUGCCUGACCAGCGGUGAAGACGAUGAAUUAGAGGAAGAGGAGCAGGCAGAGGAGGACAAGAAGUCAGUCAAAGAGGAAGCUGAAAUUCGGAAUUCUCCUGAGCCGCCUUCAAUUAUUGCUGCUGAACCUAUUAACCUGCCUUCCUUGCAAAGCCCCACACUCCCAGAGACCUCAUUUACAUGUGAAAUGCCGGACUGCGGAGCGAUGUUCAACUCCAGACCAGCUCUGAAUGGCCACGUUCGCAUUCAUGGCGGUACAAACCCUGUGACGAAAUCCCGCGGUGGGAGCCACGGUGUGAAGCAGAAAUCCAGCUCCCAGAAUGAUUACGGCCCUGCCAAAAACUCCCCAGCUCACAGUACGACAAGUGGCGAGACAGACCCAACUACACUUUUCCCUUGUAAAGAAUGUGGCAAGAUGUUUUUCAAAAUCAAAAGCCGGAAUGCUCACAUGAAAACACACCGGCAACAGGAAGAGCAGCAGCGGCAGAAAGCCCAGAAGGCUGCUGUUGCAGCUGAAAUGGCGGCUACGAUUGCAAGGACCACGGGGCCCUCUGGGCAUAGCUUGAUACCCUUGGAUCAUUUGGACUUGAUAAAGCAGGUUGAGGAAGCCGAUGACCUCAGCAGCGAUGUUGUCCAGGAACUGGGAGAGGUCAUGGACGGUACUGAAGUGAUAGACCCUGACCUCUUACUGGAUGAAGAAGACACAGAUUUGCUUCAGGAUGAUGUGGAGCUGUAGAG